UCUUUUUUUUUAAUAGCAUCAUUUGAAGCUUUGAUAGAUGACAAGCAUAACUAUAUUAUUAAGAUAUCCUUAUGCUUUUAAGGAUAAUGCCGAUUCGUUGCUGGGCUUAGUGUAGUCUUUCACAAGCCCUAACAAAACAGCUGAAAGAAGAGAAAAAACUAAAAGCAAAGAGGGAAGACAUUUAGAGAGAAGACGGCAAAGUGAGAAAUAAAUGUUUGUGGUAGUAGAUAAGAGUGGUUGGGGCAGUUAGAAGAAAGAAUUUUGGAAUGGUUAGGCUGAGCAUGCAUAAAAGCCUCCUCUCCAUUCUUCCCGAAUUCCCAUCCUCUUCAUUUAAUCAUCCAACUCCGACAACCUCCUCCCCUCCCCUUUUACGGGAUACGAAAGAUUGACUCUCGAUGCCGGCGCCGCGCAGACGAUGGAAGCCCUUUUCUGCCCGCAGUUGCUGCACCGUUGAAAACCACGUUGUGCUCAGAAACCUCAGCUUUAACUUGAGCAGGUGCCGUCCAGCACGCUCCGAUUUCUCCAAGAAGGUGGCAGAGCCGCCGUCUUUCCGCCCCCUCUGCAUUUCGGACAUCAGCAGUUCAUCGUCGGCGAGGUUCAACGAGGAGUUUGGUCAGACUUUUGGAGCCGGGCUAUAUGCCUUCCAGCUGAGUGAGCUGAGAGCCAUCACACACGACUUCUCGAGCAGCUACCUACUUGGUGAGGGCGGGUUCGGCACGGUGCACAAAGGCUACUUUGAUGAUAAGAUGCGGCCUGGCCUGAAGGCACAGGCCGUCGCCGUCAAGCUCCUUGACAUCGAGGGGCUUCAGGGUCACCGGGAGUGGCUUGCAGAGGUGAUAUUGUUGGGGCAGCUCAGGAACCCUCAUCUAGUAAAGCUGAUAGGCUAUUGCUGCGAGGACGAAGAGAGGCUUCUCGUCUACGAGUUCAUGCCUCGUGGCAGUCUUGAGAACCAUCUCUUUAAGAGAGUAAUAUCAGCGUCACUGUCAUGGGGAACGAGGAUGAAAAUUGCCCUAGGAGCUGCAAGAGGCCUCGCUUUCCUUCACGGCGCGGAGAAGCCCAUCAUUUAUCGUGACUUCAAGACAUCCAACAUCCUCCUCGACUCCGACUUCACUGCUAAGCUGUCGGACUUUGGGCUAGCGAAGAUGGGGCCGUCGGGGGAAGACACGCACGUGACCACCAGGGUGAUGGGGACCCAAGGCUAUGCCGCCCCUGAAUACGUGAUGACAGGUCACCUCACCACAAAGAACGACGUGUACAGCUUCGGGGUGGUGCUUCUGGAGCUGCUGACGGGGCGUCGGUCGGUCGACAAGUCGCGGCCGAAGAAGGAAGAGAAGCUGGUGGAAUGGUCCAAGCCGUACUUGAGGAACAGCCGGAGGCUACGUUGCAUAAUGGACCCAAAGCUCGCGGGUCAGUACUCCGUCAAGUGCGCGAGGGAGGCUGCUGCUCUCGCUCUGCGCUGCGUCAGCCCUCACCCCAAGGACAGGCCUCACAUGUCCGAGGUCGUUGAUGUUCUCCAAGGCCUCCACAGCUUCAGGGACAUGACCGUGAAAUCUGGCGCUGCGGCCCCGACGGGAAGAAAGGCCGUGAUAUCUUAUAGCUCCCCAAGGAUCGGAGCUCAUCGUCCGCGAACUGUCUCGGACAAGGUUGCCUGAGCGUUGCGGUUGUGGGGUUGUGUAGUUGGUCUUGCGCAUGUAUUCUGUCGAUUGCGCUGCAAGAUCUUCCAUCUGUUUUCAACUGUAAAUAAAAGGAGAGAAGAGGAGGUGUUCUGUUUUGGUCAUCCAUGUGGAAAUGGAAUUAAAAUGGCCAUGCUUUCUAUAAGCCUCGCAAUCCACCGUAGUCCUCCUACAACAACUGCAACUGAUAAGAGCGCGUGGAUGGGGGCGUGGAAGAGAGAUUUUAUAUAAAAGGAAUAUUAUGUUUGUCGGUGUAAAUAUUGAAAUUUGUGUGUGAGAUGUGUGAUAUUAUGAGUUUAGAGUGCUAUGUAUGAAAAUUCAUGAUAGUCAAAUACAAUUUGAAUAACACCAAACUUGUUACAUAAU